AUGUUGCUCUUAAUUCAUGUCCUUCUAAUCUUACGGAUUUCUACUGUUGGGGGACAAGUGGAACAUUGUGACUUUCCAAGAAUAAACCGUGGAACUCUAUAUGAUGAAAAGAAAUAUAAGCCAUUUUUCCUAGUUCCUAUUGGGAAAUUUUUCUAUUAUUCCUGUGAAUAUAAUUUUGUGUCUCCUUCAAAAUCCUUUUGGACUUGCAUAACAUGCACAGAAGAAAGAUGGUGACCAACACCGAAGUGUCUCAGACUGUGUUUCUUUCCUUUUGUGGAAAAUGAUUAUUCUGCUUCUUCAGGACAAACACAUCUGUAAGGUGACACUGUACAAAUUGUCUGUGAUAUGGGCUACAGCCUUCCAAAUAAUGAGAACACCAUUUCAUGUUCAGAAGGUGGCUGGUUAUCUCAUCCCAGAUGCAGCCUGACCAAAAUAGAAUGUCCUCUUCCAUUUUCAGAAGCAAAUGUAGAUGCUCAUCCAAAACGUAAAAAAUACACAGUUGGAGAUCUGUUGAAAUAUUCCUUCAGUGAAAGACUUAUAAGAGUUGGGCCAGACUGAGCUCAAUGCUACCAAUUUGGAUGGUCACCUAAUUUUCCAACAUGCAAAGGGCAAGUAAAAUAGUGUGGUCAACCUCCUCAACUCCCCGAUGGUAAAAUUAAGAAGAAAAGGAAAGAAGAAUGUGGACAUGGUGAAAUGGUGGAAUUUGAUUGCAAUCCCAAGUCUCUAAUGACGGGGCCUAAGAAAAUACAAUGUAUCAAUGGAGAAUGGACAACUUUGCCCGAUUGUGCUGAACAAGUGAAAACUAGAUAUAUACCUGAACUUGAGAAUGGUUAUGUCCAGUCCUUUGUCCUUCCCUAUCAACAUGGAGUUUCAGUGGAGUUGAAUUUCAGAAAUACAUAUACAAUGAUUUGAAAUAAAAUUACCUGCAUUGGUGGAUUGUGGACUAAGCUUCAUAGACGUGUUGCAACAUACCAACUUAAGAGGUGUGAAAGACCAAGGCUUUAUUCAAGAGGACUAUUCAGUUCAUAUAUGCAUGAAUUUAAUCAUGAUGCCAGAGUAAAUUACAGAUGUAUUGGGAAGCACAGAUACAUACGAAUGGUCUGCAUAAAUGGGAAAUGGGAUUCUGAACCAGACUGCACAGAAAAAAAGAAAUCACUCUGCCCACCUCCGUCUCAGAUACCUAAUGCUUAGAUUAUGCUAACCACAGUGAAUUAUCACAAUGGAGAAAAAGUAGCUGUUAUCGAUAAAGAAAAUUAUCUCCUUCACGAAGCACAAGAAAUUGUGUGUAAAAAUGGAUGAUGGCAGCCAUUACCACACUGCACUGAGUCUACCCAAUAAUGUGGCCUUCCACCUCUUAACAAUGGAGAUAUCACCUCAUUCCCUUUAUCAGUAUAUCCUCCAGGAUCAACUCUUGGGUACUAUUGCCAACCCUUCUAUGAACUCUGGGGCUCUACAAGUGUAACAUGCAGAAAUGGACAGCGGUCAGAACCACCAAAGUGCAUGGAUGAGUUCUUCAUUAAAGAAGAAUACAUGAACAAAAAUAACAUACAGUUAAAAUGGAUAAACAACAAAAAACUUUAUGUAAAAACAGAGGAUUUUGUUGAAUUUGAAUGUAAAUGGCCACAUAAAGCAACGACAUCAACAUAAUCAUUUUGAGUAAUCUGUCAGGAAGGGAAGUUUGAAUAUCUCAGCAGCAGUAGUGAAAAUGAAGAGAACUGCAAAUUCAAGAAAUAUUUGGGAGAUGAAAUGAACUGGACAAUGAUUGAAUUAAAGGGGACCAAGGACAAAAUGAAGACAGGAAUCCAGGACAAAUGUCAGGUUUAUGACCUUGAUGAAUUGGCUAUAUAUGAGCCUGAAUCUCUGAGCAGAGGUUCAGGAAAGGAUGUGGAUUGA